AUGUGGAACAUCCCCUUUUCAGUGGUCCUGCUGCCUAUAUUCUCCUCGCUGUUCCUUCAGCUUGCGCAAGUUUUGUAUAACAUCCUACUUCAUCCUCUCCGAGAUUAUCCAGGUCCCCUUGCAGCACAGGUUUCAGGUUGGUACAAGGCUUAUAUCGAAUUGUUCCUGCAGAGGAGCUGGACUGAUGUCCUGAUUGAGUUGCAUCAACGCUAUGGCAAGUCAACGGCGUUUAGGAGAUGGACGCUCCAUUUCUCUAAUCCGCAAGCAUACCACGAUAUCUACAAUAAUGUGAACCGAUGGGACAAAGACAAGGCAUUGUAUGAAUGCUUUGGCGAGGACCACUCCUCGUUUGGGUUCCUCAAAUAUCACGAGGCCAAGCAACGCAAAGAUGUCUUGCAGCCGCUCUUCUCCAGACGAAACAUUUUGCAAAUGCAGAGUCUUGUCCGGAAGAAUAUGGACCACCUUGUAGCGAGACUCUCGGAAGACUACGCAGCCGGGAAGUCGUCGGACUUGUUUUUCGCCUUCAGAUGCUUUACCAUGGACACAAUUACCAGUUUCUGCUUUGCCAAAUCCGUAAACGCGAUCGACGUACCUGGCUACAACGCGCCCAUCAUUGAAGCCAUGGAGGCAUCUGGCCCGGCCUUCAUCCAGUUCAAGCAUUUGCCGUUGUUCCGCAAAUUUGUCUUCUGUCUUCCACCCAAGAUCGCUGUCAAAGCUUCUCCGGAAACGGCAGGCUUGACGCGUCUGCAGGUCAUCUUACGAAAUCAAGUCGACGAAGUAACUGCAAAUCCAGGUAUCCUCAAAGAGGCUCCGCAUCCGAUCAUCUAUCAUCGCCUACUCGAUCCUGAAGCGCAGAAAGGCCAGCCGUUGCCGAACAAGCAAUCUUUAUAUGAAGAGGCCCAGGCUUUGAUGUUUGGAGGCGGCGACACUGUUGGAAACACUUUGAUGGUAGGCUUCAAUCACAUUCUGCAGCCGUCCAACCAGGAACUGUACCAGUCUCUACGCACCGAGGUUCGUUCCGCGUGGCCUGAUCUUGCGAAGCCGCCGAGCUCUUUCGAGGCAUUCGAGUCUCUACCUUUGCUCACCGCAACCAUCAAAGAAUCUCUGCGGGUGGCUCCAGGCGUGGUGUCUCCUCUGCUUCGCGUCGUCCCGGCAAAGGGUGCAACAAUUGCUUCCCGCCAAGUCCCACCAGGCACGGUGGUGGGAAUCUCGGGCAUCUUUGUCCAUUCAUCUGCGACCGUCUUCGACAACCCAAACGCGUUCAUGCCGCAAAGGUGGCUCCACACGAGCACCUCCACCUCCACCAGCAGGGAUCUUGAAUCCAACCUUGUCGCCUUCAGUCGAGGCCCAAGGUCGUGUCUGGGUAUUAACCUUGCAUGGUGCGAGCUGUAUGUCGCCUUUGCCACCAUGUUGCGACGGUUCGAGCUUUUGGAGAUCGACAAGGACUCCCCACCCGCAGACUUGAGGUUUCGCGACUCCUUCCUGCCGUAUUUCUAUGCAGAGAAUCAUCUCAAAGUGAGGUGCAAGCCGGCGACUGAGUAG